AUGGCCAACUUGAACCCUUUUGCCCGUCGGGAGACUCACAGCUCCAACGCCCUGAACACCUACCGGGUGCUCGCCAUUCUCUCCUGGGCCCUCGUCGUGGUAGUUGGCAUCUACUACUCCAUCCACUCGCCUGACGACGUUCACCACAGCCAUAACAUCUGGAAGCAGGCCAGGAAGCACAUCACCCCGUUCAGCCAGAGCACCAUCGUGACUGGCAUCUACUGGAUUUUAUUGGUUCUCUCCCAAGUGAGCUAUGUCUGGCACCUCUUCUCCAAAGAUGCCGCCCUCGUAAGCGCCGCCGCCAAUGUCGCCGGCCACUUCAUUCUCAACAACCUCUUCGUCUUCGCCUGGAUCCUGCUCUGGACCCGCAACCACUUCUGGGGCGCUGAGAUUAUCGUCAUCGCCCACUUCAUCCACCAGAGUAUCACCUACUGGCGCCACCCAGCUCUGCCAGCCUUCGUGCACCUCCCCGCCGUCGCGGGGCCCUAUGCCUGGACACUCUUCGCGGUGUUCUGGAAUGGUGCGGUUGCCGUGCAUAGCAAUAGUCUGCCUGCCAGGAUUGUUGCUAAUAUCUUCAUCUGGGUGAUCCUGUUUAUUGGGUUGGGACAUAUUGUUCGGCGACAGGACUAUAUCCUGGGUGAUUGUUUGAGCUUGCUGGCUCUGUCACUCGCCGUCAAGCAGUUCGGCGUCAAGAUCAUCGCCCUGCAGUGGAUCUUUGCCUUUGUCAUCUUCGGCGUCUUCCUGGUUACCUCGACUUAUGUCGCGAGCACCAAGUACUACGGCCGUGACAGCCUCUUCCGUCGCAUUGCCGCGCCGGAGAGUACCGACCGCGAGAGGCAGCCACUGCUUAAUGACGGCACCGCAUGA